AUGGAGGAGCCCGAGCCCGCCGGGGCCGCGCAGCCCGGGCUGCGCUCGCUGCUGCCGCCGCGGGAGUUCCUGGGCUCCCGCAAAGGGCAGCUGCUCCUCGCAGAGUCGGUGCUGUCAUUUAUCAUCUUUAUCUGCUAUAUUGCAUCUCUAGCAGCUUCUUUCAUGAUGGCACCGCUCCUAGAGUUUCUGCUGGCACUGUUUCUUUUUUUUGCCUACGCCUCCAAGCUUAAUGAGAAGUUUAAAGGACUCUACUGGCCUCUGACGGAUUUCUUGCGCUGUGUCACUGCUGCCAUUAUUUACUUUGCCAUUUCCAUCGCUGCUGUCUCCAAGUACAGUGAUGGAGCAUCUAAAGCAGCAGGGGUGUUUGGGUUUGUAGCCACCAUAGUGUUUGCCAUUGAUUUCUACAUCACCUUCAACGACCUGCUCGGUUUCCUCAAGCAAGGCAGUUCUGAUCCCCCCGAAGGGCACAAGUCAGAAGAUGAGGACUCUGACUCUGACUCAGACUGAGGAACCAAACACCAACCAAGCGUGAAGGGAAGAUGAUCCAGCACUUUGCUGAGUGCACUGCCAAGUGAAAGAUCUCAUUGCAGCCUCCGGAUCCUCUUCCCACCUCACUGUUCGUGGAAUCACCAAGGCAUGGACAGGGCAGUGAUGUGGAAAAGAAGACUAUUCCCAAAGCCAUUAGAGACUCUGUCAGAACUGCAGAUUCUGCAGCAGUUCAGCCUUUCCCAGAGGAGUGUGUCCCAACACAGCUCAGUUCUCCUCUGCCCCUCCUUCCUCAGCCCUCCCAUGUCCCGAGCGAGCGGGAACAGCAUUUUAAACGUGUAACCAGAGCUUUUAACCUGCUUUCUUCCUUCCAGAUCUUUAACACUUACAGCUUUUAUACUUCUUGACGUGCCAAAGAGGAGAGGUUUGAAUGCCUCCAUUUGUAUUUCUCUUCUUAACUAACAGUAUUUCCUUAUCUGGAGUCUGAGUGUUCCACUCUGAAGCACUGAAGGCCUCGAUUCCAGUGAAGUGUUGGUUACAUUUAUAUCUGCUGCCUGUCUGGGACCAGAAGUGACAACUGGAAACCUGCAGCGAGAGCAAACCUCAGAGUCUAACUGCUGCAGGCAGCUGGCUCAUCAAACAUUCACAAUCACUCUUCUUAAGCUGCUUGGAUGGACUCACAUCCCAUCUGCUGCCAUCUCACCACAGAUACGAGGUAGGACAGGGGGGUCAGCCCCUUCCCAGCCCCUUUCCUGCUGGCUGUGUUGGCACAGCCAGAGGAGCAGCCUUGGCAGCCCCCACCCAGCAGGCUUUGUGCCCAGGGUACCACUCAGAGCCUGCUCUGCUCUGUGCUGGGGGCACUGGUGCUGCCCCAGACCAGCACUCGGGCCAUGGCUUUGCAGGACAGGGAGCUGGUUCUGCCACCCGUGGGACAGCUGAGCCCCAGGAGGGCAGGGCAUCCUCCCCACUGGGAAAAGGCACAGAAACCAAGCCCCAAACUACAGAAGGUCUGCAAUGAAUUCAUUUUUCCCAGACUCCUUUCCUCAGUGGGAAGGGGGAGGUUGGGUUGGGUUUUUUUUUCCCCUGGAAGGACAGGAUUUAUUGUGGUGGUGUAUUCAGGGAAAAAGCCUUCUGAAUUUACAAGGUAUUUUCAAAAGUAGCACAACUUACCUUGAAAUAUUUGUAUCCACCUACAAACACAUGCUGCUUGGGAAAAGCGUGGCCUGCUCCUUACAGAUGGCAGCAGACAGCUCUGUGCCAAAGAAAUCUGGAUAUAUUUUUAAAAAAUUAACACAGUACCAGAACAGGUGGCCUUUACAAAAACCAAAAUGAGAGCAGAUGGUACUAAGAGAGUAAAUGAAAAACAGGGGUAAAACAAUAAAGGCAGAUUUCCCCUGGAAUAAAACCACCACUUGGAUUCCAGUUCCCUGGCAGCAGCUGGCUGCUGCCCACGGGACCUCACAGGGAGCAGGGCUGGGGAAGGGGCUGCUCCUCAGGCUGCUCCUACAUCUCCUGUUUCCCGACCACUGAGAACAAAAGCAAAACAAGUGGUUAGUUCUAAAUGUGACAAAUCACCUCUACUUUUAUAAGAAAGACCUCUCUGGACCUUUUCCUAUAUGAAAUCCCGUGUUUCUUUCUCUUGUUGUCAUAUUUUCCUGGCACACACUGUGACAUCAGGGGACCUGGGCUUGUUUUUAUACUCAUUUUGUAUUUCUCUUUUUUUUUUUUUUUUUUUUUUAAUUAAAACAAAAUGUACUGCAUGUCACAUCUGGAAACUAGUACACGGUUAAUAUUUAGAAACCACCCUGGAUUAAACCUCUUUUCAUAGAAGUGUUGGGUGUCUUUACUUAUUUUAAGAGCUGAUUUUACUGCCUUGCCUCUGCCCAGCACAGGGAUCAGUGAUUUAAGG